GUAGUGCUCCAGGUUCCGCGGGAAAAUCGACUUCUUUCGUUUUCAAGGCUGCCCGAAAUAUCCGUCAUCGACAGGCUGUUUUUCUCCUCACCCCACUAACACGGUGUUAGUUAUGGACAAAGAUUACACCCCAUUGUCAUCUACGUGCAUCAAGAAUCUUGUGGAUAAGCUUUUUGAGAAACGCAAACUAGCCUCGCAAGAAGUCGAAAGGAUUAUCAAGGAAUAUAUCAGUCAAGAUCGACAUUCAGAUAUUUCUAGGAUCAUCGGAUAUUUCAGCCAGGAUUUCAUUCACUCUGCUAGUCCUCAUACUCGGAAAGGCGGCUUGCUAGGUUUAGCUUCAGUAGCAAUUGGGCUUAACGAGCAUGCAUGUCUUUUCCAUGGACCGAUCAUUCUGCCAAUUAUUCGUACAUUCCAUGAUAACGACCCACGAGUGCGAUAUUACGCAUGUGAAGCCCUUUUCAAUGUUAUGAAAAUAACUCGUAAAGAAACUUUGAAUUAUUUGAGUGACGUCCUUGAUGCCAUAAGUAGAGGUGUAUCUGACUCUGACUCAACUGUCCGGCCUGGAGCGAUGCACUGUGAUAGACUUUUAAAAGAGAUCAUCGUGGAGACCGAUAUUUCAGACUUAACAGACGUCGUUGCAUUGCUGAAGGAACGGAUAUAUACAAAUAAUCCAUAUACACGGCAGUUUAUUGUUUCGUGGAUUACUACACUUUAUUCAAUUCCAGGAUUAAGGGUUUGUGUUUAUUUACCACAAUUAUUAGAUGGACUUUUUCGCAUACUUGGUGACCCAAAUCCAGAUAUAAGAAGACAGUGUGAAUUGCUGCUAACGGACCUGCUAAAAGAGAUAGAGGCUAAUCCGAGUGAAAUUGCUUUGGAUACGAUGAUCAACUGUCUAAUAGUACAUUGUCGACUUUCUGCAACAGCAUGUUCCUUCGUCAAUGUUGCAUUAAAAUCCUCUUCACCACCCACAUCGCAGUUUCCAAAUUCUGUUGGAUCGUCAGUCGUUGUUGAUACAUCAGCGCAAAGUGUUAGUCUACUGCAGAAUACACCAAGUGUUUUGGAUUCAGCCGCGUCGAGAAAUGGAAUUACUAGUUGUUCCCCAGACCAGUUAAAACAACGAGCUGCUCUGAAAUGGAUUAAAACCUUCGUUGAAUUGGAUCCACAUCAUAUGCUUUCCUAUGCUUCAGGAAUUAUUGGUGCUGUUCUACCAUGUUUCAUGUCCUGUGGACCGCAUGAUGCUACAGCGGAAAGACGAGUUUCACUAGAAACUGCUGUAUGCAUAAACGAAACCCUUUUGAAAGCUGUUAGGCAGUUCAAUUCACGUUCAGUGACUAAUGUGAAUACAAACAGUUCAUCAAUCUCUCAUAUGGAUUCACUAAAUUCAGGAAAUCAGUCGGAGAGUGUAGUCAAACUUUCACAGGAUAACAACUUAACUAAGCAACUUUCAGAAUCAGGUGCAGAACAAAAUGGAUCACAAAUUUUGUGUUCGGAAGCUAUAUUAGAAGUCACGUUCCAACUUCUCAAUAAUUCAAGCCUGUUAACUCGUUUAGCAGCACUUCGUUGGAUUACUGUGCUUGCAGAAGUAUGCUCCGCUGAAGUAUUUUCACAAAUUGAUCGUCUUCUGCCGGAAAUGCUCAAAUGGUACAUUCAACGAUUUGGUUGAUUGGAAGACUGAGUUACCUUACAAUCAAUUCCGAUGGGGAUUAUUUAAGCAAACAGUCUAUUAUUAUGCCUGAAGAACUUUUGGAAUUACUGCACGAAUCAGAUUUUGUUAAUACACGAUCAAGUGAUCGAAUAGCCAGCAGUUCUGUAGGUGUGCCACAGUCGACUCCGAAUACAUUUUGUCUACAAUUUCUCUUGGAUCUAAUUCAUUUAUUCAACAAGGAUCCCGAGUUGUUACGAAAACGGGGAGAUAUGAUUAUCACUGAUCUUUGUCAGGUUCUUGGAGCUGAUAUCGUUUAUUGCACCAUUUCUACAAUUAUUUCUUAUAUUAAACCACUGGAUUCUGCAUUUGUACUAAUACAAGCAUUGAAUCGAAUUCUCCUAACACAACCAGUUUUAAAUGAUUUUCGUAAACAGCUGCGAACAAUCAGUACGAAGGUAAGUGAAAAUAGUUGAAUUUUUAAAAACUUAAAAGUGCAUUGUUAACAAUAAAAUAAUCCUUAACUUUACUCCUACAUCAUGAUGACCAGUUUUCCUAGAUACGCUAUUUCUUCUUCUGUUUCUACACUAGUUUCAUCACAACUAAUGAAUUUGCCUCAGUGAUGACCGUAAUUAUUAAGAACGUGAAAUUUGGACUGACGUUUUCAAUCAAGAGACAAGUUGUCCUUCUGCUAGCAAUCGAUGUAUAAUACUACCAAAGAACUUUGUUAUAGCUGCUUAUCAUUUGAAUUGAUGUAGAAAUAUGGAAACAGUAGCAGUUAUAAAAAUGAGUGUCAUUCGAUCUAAUAGAGAUAAUUACUGUAGAUCUUUGUAAGUGAGCGAUAUGAUCACAGCACUUUAAAAGACUUGGGUGCAAGACUAAUACUAUAGUAGAAUAACUUCAUCACACCCAAUGUCACCCAUCUAGUGAUGACGUUUGCAAUGAAACUUACUUCUCAUAGUCAUGUCCUUAAUGUGUUUAUAUCAAAUAAAACUAUUACUCAGGUCGAGACAUGCACCAAUUCUCGACGUUUUUGACUUUUGGUUUGAGCCACAUAGUGAGUGGGGUAGAGACUGCGUGACUGGGCUCCUGGAGAUGUCCGUAACCCAUGACUUGAGAGUGUUGGUAGUAUGACUCGAAAUCAUUCUCAACAGCUCAGAUGCAUUCACUCCUAAUGAUGCCCCAGAUUCAUCAAAUCGUCAAUAUUCUUUCUCCUC